AUGCCUUACUUCACCCCAAACUUCCUUGCUACGUCACGCUCCGAUAGAUACAGGACCAGAUAUAAAAUAGAUGUGCGGGCUCAUUGCAAUCUCAUCUUCACCCAGUUACGGAUCCAACAUCCUUCUCACAAACGACGAAAUAAACAACAAGAAAUGGGAGCCAUAUUUUCUUCAAUAGGCGCAGGCAUUAACGCAAUCAUUUCCGCCAUUGCAGGCGUUAUCAUGGCCAUUGUAGGUGCUAUCACUACGGUCAUAGUUACCAUAUUCGAUGUGAUUUUGGAUAUCCUCUGCUGCCGAUGCUUUGGAUCGAGAAGGUCGGGAAUGAGAACUGGUCGUAGAAGGGGUGCAGCGACCUACUAA